AUGGGCGUUAUUGAUAAUCGUGGAGUACCUGAAGAACCUGUUGUUUCCAAAAAGUCAGAACAACUUUAUGAAAAAAAGUUGAUUAUCAAAUAUAUAGCUGAAACCGGAAAGAAACCUGUGACUGAUGAAGAUUUAUCUGAGGAAGAUCUAUUAGAAGUAAAAUCAAUAAAUAUCAAAGUUCAACCACCUGCAGAUAUGUCUAUGUCUGAGACACAAAAGAUUUUAUCAAAGGGAUGUAAAAAAAGAAAGCCACCACCAAAUCUUACACCUGCUGAUACAAUCAAAACAUUUACUCAAAUUUCUACAAUUCCAGCUUUACACAAUUCCUCAGUGCCUGGAAUAUUAUUAUGUAUGGAUUUAGAUCAAACAGAAAAAUUAGUUCUAACAGAGAAAGACAAAGCUGGUGAAUCAGAUAUUGUAUUUACAGCAAGCACUGAUAAAAGUGUUAGAAUUUGGAAUAAUACCAAAGAAGGAUAUAAAGCAUCCAUUGCCAUUUCAAUACACAAUGCAGAAGUUACUGGUAUAGCUUUAAACCCCACCAAAGAUUAUUUUAUGUCAGUUUCUGAAGAUUUAACCUGGGUUUUCAUGAUAUUGCUAUUGCUCAAACACUGGUUAAAUAGAAAAUAG